GAGAGUAAAUAGACGCCGGAGCCCAAGAUGGCGGAUCCUUCCAGUCCCGGUCGUGGCGCGGCGCCCCCCGAGCAGGAGCUGCUCGGCGCCAAGACGGCCCCGGACGCGAAGGGUUCCCGUGGAUCCCAGCCGGCCGCCAAGAAGGUGAAGGGAGCGGAGGAGCGGAGCCUGAAGGGCGCUAAGCGCGUCAACGGUGAAGGGGGCGGCGGUGGCGGGAGCGCCAAGCAGCCGCUGCCCGCGGUCGUGCCCAGCUACAGCGGCCCCGGGCCGUGGGGCUUCGCCGCGCUGCCCUCGGGCCCCUCGGCGGGCGCGGGGGGCUUUGCGUUCCCUUCCCCGCUGUCCCGGAAGCUGCUGCCGCCCGCGGUGCUGCUGCCGCCGUCCGCCUCCCCCUCCUCGUCCCACCCGCAGCACCAGCACCGCCACCACCGGCACCGCCUGGCGCUGGCGGCCGAGGCGGGAGGCGGCGGCGGCAGCGCCAAGCCCAAGAGACCCAAGGAGAAGCGGGACAAGGAGAGGAGGAAGCACGGGGCGCUGCCCGUUGUGGCGGCGGCGGGAGAUGGCGGCGGUGCCCUGAGCCGGGAGGAGAACGGGGAGGUGAAGCUGCUGUUCCCGAAAGGUCAAAUCAAAGACAAAGUUAAAGAAAGGGAGAAGAAGCAAAAAGAAAAGAAGAAGCACAAACUAAUGAAUGAAAUCAAGAAAGAAAAUGGAGAGAUCAAAUUACUUCAGAAAGGUGGGAAGGAGAAACCAAAAACCAAUGCAGAAGAGCUACAGAUUAAAAAAGUUAAGAAGAAAAAGAAAAAGAAACAUAAAGAGAAUGAGAAGAGGAAGCGUCCAAAAAUGUACAGCAAAUCUAUUCAGACCAUCUGCUCAGGAUUGGUUUCUGAUAUUGAGGAUCAGGAAGCCAAAGGCAUCAUAGAUGAUCAUCUUAAGGAUUUCAAUGGGAAAAAUAUGGAUCCCAAGAAGGACUGUGAGUCCAAGAUACCAGAGAACAGUGAGUUUCCAUUUGUCUCGUUAAAGGAGCCACGGGUUCAAAAUAAACUCAAAAGGUUGGACACAUUGGAGUUCAAACAGCUGAUUCAUAUUGAGCACCAGCCUAACGGAGGUGCAUCAGUUAUCCAUGCCUACAGUAAUGAACUCUCCCACUUGUCUCCUGUGGAGAUGGAGAGAUUUGCAGAAGAGUUUGUGGGUCUGGUUUUUAGUGAAAAUGAAAACUGUGCAGCUUACUAUGUAAUGGGUAUUGUUCAUGGGGCAGCUACUUAUUUACCUGACUUUUUAGACUACUUUUCGUUUAAUUUUCCCAAUUCACCAGUGAAAAUGGAGAUUUUGGGAAAGAAAGAUAUAGAGACAACGACUAUGUCAAAUUUUCAUGCUCAGGUAAAAAGAACAUACUCUCAUGGUACGUAUAGAGCUGGCCCAAUGAGACAGAUCAGCCUGGUUGGAGCAGUUGAUGAGGAAGUGGGGGAUUACUUCCCUGAAUUCCUUGAUAUGUUGGAAGAAUCACCCUUCUUAAAAUGUACACUGCCAUGGGGAACACUUUCUAGUUUAAAGUUAGAGAGUCGUAAAGACAGUGAUGAUGGUCCCAUUAUGUGGGUACGUCCAGGAGAACAGAUGAUCCCUGUGGCUGACAUGCCAAAGUCACCUUUCAAAAGGAAGAGAACUACCAAUGAAAUAAAAAACUUGCAGUACCUACCUCGAACCAGUGAACCCCGUGAAAUGCUCUUUGAAGACCGGACCCGAGCCCAUGCGGAUCACAUAGGACAAGGUUUUGAACGACAGACCACAGCUGCUGUGGGAGUGUUGAAGGCUGUGCACUGUGGGGAGUGGUCUGAGCAGCCUCGUAUAACCAAAGAUGUAAUUUGUUUUCAUGCUGAGGACUUCUUGGAGGUAGUUCAGCGAAUGCAGUUAGAUUUGCACGAGCCUCCACUCUCACAGUGUGUCCAGUGGGUUGAUGAUGCAAAACUUAAUCAGCUGCGAAGGGAAGGCAUUCGAUAUGCCAGAAUCCAGUUAUUUGAUAAUGACAUUUAUUUCAUCCCGAGGAAUGUUGUGCACCAGUUCAAAACAGUUUCAGCUGUGUGUAGUUUGGCUUGGCACAUCCGGCUCAAGCUCUAUCAUUCAGAGGAAGAGCUCUCUCAAAACACAAAUACUGUUGAAGCAGGGACCUCUGCAGACCCCAAGUCUUCGGUUGUUGUACUUCAGACUGACAGAAUUUGUACCGUGAGCAAAGAUACCUCUGAAGACACCAAAUUUCCAGAUGCUCUGCAGACCAAGUUCCUGCAGCAGGAGUUUUUGCCGAUAAAACAUGAACCUCUCGCAUCCCUCCGUGUAAAAGAAGAACCCAUGAAUGUUGAUCUUGCUGAAAAGACAGUGACACCUAAUGAUGUCGGGGGACAGAAUGUUCAGGCUAGGCUGGGUCACGCUGAGUUGACAUCACUGAAGUUGGAAAUGGAUUCUAAAUUUGAAACCGGCAACAAGGACUUACAAGGCAAGUUGUGCUCUGGAGGUCAUGUACAUCCAGAUGAUACAAGACAACCUAGCUCAUCAUAUCCAAAAUUGCAUGGACAAAGAGAGGAUGAUUUUUUGUGCUAAAUUUGUAUAUAUGGUUUUAAAUUCCUUUUUAAUCUUAAUGAUGUAAUAAUGUAAAGAUCAUAAAUUGUGAGGCAAGUUUGUGACUUGUCUUCGCAUCUGUUACAGAAAAUAGUUAUGUAGCUUUGUAACAUUCCUCAGUGCCUGUCCAUAACUGUGAAGUAUCAAAGCACUUAGGGCCAGAUGCACUGUAAACACUGCAGGUUUAACAUAAAGAAGUCUUUAAAUAAUUUUGAGUUGUAGGUUUUAGAGUAGAGCUGACAUUUAACAUAUAUAUUUUUUGUAAGAUGAGCCAGAAUUCUUUUUGACAAUUCCAGGCUUUUCCAUAGAGCUUAUUUAUACCAAUUUUUUUCAUUUUAAAUGUGUCAGCACUGUAGUGUAAAUAUCUUUUUUAAGAAUCUUUUUAGUGUGAUUUAUACUGAAAUGUGAGCCGCUUAAUAAAGGUUCAUAAUAACAGAUUGGUUUUAUUUUUGGGUCUGCAAAAAAUAAUUCAGUUCAACUGCCUCUCUUAGUGGUUAUGUUUCUACCUGCCACUAAUGCAUAGGAUGCCCUUACGCCUUGAGGGUGAGGAGCUGUAGCAAACUGAGGUAGAGCUGAGGCAUCUUUGCAAAUGCAGAUUAGUCAGAAGGCAGAAUCAGUCCUCCCUUCACACGAUUCCUUGUGGAUUCCUUAUGGGUGCUCGUUCCAGGCACUCCCCAAACUCCUGCUGUCAGAUACUCAUGUGGAACAGGGAGUCAGACUGUUUGGGCAGUUGGACACACAGUGGGCUCCAGGAGUGCUACCAGUACCGGCCUGCAUCUCCCUAGAUGAGCAGGUGCAAGGGAGCAAACUCUCCUGGGCUUUGCCUCUUGGCCCAGCUCAGGGCACAGGUCAGACAGUUCCACUUCACAUUAAAAAAAAACAAACAAAAAAACCCAGAAAACCAACAAACCCACAAAACAAGCCUAAAAAGCAACCACUCCCUCAAAUCUGUUACCUGACUGCAAUUAAAAGGAUAUUUAAGUCAUUACUUACCAAGCUAAAAAGGCCCCAACUUUGGCAGUGACCUGUAAUUCACAGAGACAUACCUGGAUUUGAACUGCUCCCUGUGCUGAUAGUGCCAGGCAGUAAAGAGGCUGUGUUGCCAAUAUGUGUAGUGGGAAGGUUCCUCAUGAGUCACAGUUUGGAAGCAAGAGGUGUUUCAUUAAGAAAAUAACAGCAGUGUCCAAGUUAACUGUUCUCUUUCCCCAUCUGUGGAACACUUGGAGUCUUUUAGGUAGUGUUCUGAGAGAAAAGAAUUUCAAGGCUAGCUAGCGUCUGAUCUGGUAACUGUUAUUUCACGUAUUUAUUCUUUGUGUAUUGUACUCCUGUGUAGUUCAAACACAGCAAAUGAUACGUGUGUCAUGGAUAGCUGCACACAGCAGUGAGCUGCCCUACAGCCUGUCCUUCAGCUAAAUAUGUCAAACUUCAGAUCCAAGGCCUAUUAUUUCCAAAGCCCUAUGUAUCUCUGAUUUUUGUUAGGAAUUUUCUGUAUAACAUUUUUGAAAGUUGUACAUCCUUAAGUACCCAGUUUAUAAACUUUGGUGCAAUUAGUGGUCAUUUUGGCUUCAUUUGUAGCAAUAGAAAAAUGUGAUUUUUUUCAGGCAAUGUCCAGUUCAUCUACCUGAGGUUCUUCUGUUCUAAAUGCUUUUUUCCUUAUAGGUCAUUAAAAUUUAAAACAUUACUGCAUAGUCACAGGUGGCACUAAAAUCAGCUAUUUACUAGAUGAGUGCCCUGAUUGGUUUAAUCCAAAAUAUGUUUGUCAAGAAAUUAUUAAUUAAAUCAAUAUUUGAAUUGCUAAACAUUACUCCUAGAUAGCCAUAAAUAUGUAUUAGAGAAGCAAUAGAAAUGUGAGUCUCUUGGAUGUGACUAAUACGUCCUUAAGUCUUACUACUGUUUUCUUUAAUGCUGGCUGAGAGAUUACUACCAGUUUUCCAGCCUCAGGGAUCUUUCUUUCCCCUUUGCUGUGAGCAAAUGAUUCAUGUGUGAUGUGGUAUGUUAUUGCUCUAGCAGAUUCUGAUGUGAAAAAAUUAAUUUGUUCAUGUAAGAAUUUGAGCCUUCCUUAUAGCAGAAAUGUGGUCUCAGCUCCCUUUAUUGUUUCUGGAUUUUCUGGAAAUAAUGCUUCCACCUGUAAUCUCUGGCUUCAUGAACACCCAUCUACAGUUACCUGGCCAUUCCUGUUCUCUGUGCUGCCCAUGGGACAACAGCAACAGAGCAGAGCUGCAGGUUGUAGCUUGCACCAAGCACGCAGCUCUGCAGGGGGGAUAGAUGGGGGCUCCAGCUUUAGCCAAACCAGCCUUGCCAGAUACUGCUUUUUAAAACAAAAACCACACAAAACAAACUCCCAAAACUAUUUAGUUGACUCAGAAUAGCAAUCUUAGCAAUGUGCUGGUCAUGCAUACGCCGACCGUUCGUUCGGGUUCAAGUCAUUUUUGGUAACGGGUCAGGUUUUAGUGCAGUGUGGACAUACAUCCCCCAGGACAGCUGCCAGCUUUCUGCAGCAUAGGCCCUGUCCAGACAGAAAUAAUAAAUCUUUGAAAAUGAUGAGCAAAUACAACUUUACACUUCUGAGUAGAACUUUGUUUCCUUUUGGAGACCUGCUCAGUGGUCUUGGCUGAUGUGGUCUUGAACUUCUGCUCAGGUAUCUUAGUCCUGAGAUUUUUCUUCUGAAGUGCCCACAUAUUCAACCCAUUCUUUUCUUACCGCUUUCAGAAUUUUAAGAGAUGUUUUAAAGUGGCAGUUGUUUUGCAGUUUUUAUUUAUUCUUUUGGUUUUUUGAGACCGACUAGGUUCUCACUUUAGGCAGAAUUCCUUGCAGACAGAAUUUGAACCAUAUUGGGAUUUUCAAUGGCUACCAGACCUCCCUUUGCAUUUACAGAUGUCUGCAGUCUGGGCUGUGUGGCUGCAUUACUGUUUACUUUUUACUUGCUUUUUAAAGAAAAGAUUUAAAAGAAAUGUCCUUUCGCUGUGGUAUGUUCAUUUUAAUGAGGUUGUCCUUUGAGAGGGGAGUACUUUUUCUGAGAAUUUCACCUCCCAAAUUGUUCAUUAAUCUGACAAUGGCCUUGCUUCAGUCCUGUGCUAUAUAGCUUUUAUUCCUGCUGCAUACAACUGCAUCUUCAGACUUUUGCUUCAGCAAUAAAUCUUUCAUGUGUUCUGCUGUACUGAAAUUAGUCCUUGCUUAUUGCUUUUACCCCUUCUCUGGAUUUUGGUGAUAUAUAAAUCUGUUAUUUUGGCUGAAAUCUCCAGUGUUUUAGUUGUCUCUCCUGGCCCUUGUUCUUGUGCAGAUUGGAGAGAGCUGCCCGAGGCCAUUGGUGCUGCUCCUAUCUCCCUGCACAUGCAGUGGUGUUCCAGUUAAUAACAGGAUGUGCAGAAAAUUAGACGUUUUCCUAGAUCCUGGUACAUAUUUUUGGGUAGCAAAGAAUUGCAUUGUUACAGUUGCUAAAAAAGCUUUCAAGGGGGUAGCUACUUUUUUUUUUUUAAUAUUACUGGAUCUUUUGCAUUUCACUGGCAACUGACUUCAUGUGUUACAUACAAGUGUUACUCAGUGUUGUGUCACCCCCAGCCCUCCAAAUGCCUGAAAAUUGACUCUGAAAGAACAUUUUCAUUACAGGUACUGCUGGCAUGCAGAUUUUCCCUUCCUUGUUACUAUAGCGGAUAUUUCAAUACUACUUUAACUGAUAUUAACUCUAUCUAGUAUUAGAAAUAAAGUAUUAUUUUAGAGGGUGAUGAUUUAAUUCUUCAUCUGUGAAAUAAUUCCUUGGUGAUAAAUAAAGUUGAUUAUUAAGUGGAUAUACAUGUGCACAGUACAUAAGUUGGAAUUGCAAAAGAUGUAGGAAAUGGAAAUCUGAAAUAGUAGAAUGCUUUGAAAGCGAUCUGAACAUUACAGAUUUGGAAAAUUGAGUAAGUCUUCCAAGAAACACAAGACUGGUAUUUAUUUAUCAAAAUGACUGUUUCCUAAUAUCUGCAUGUGAACGAGAUGCCGAAUUGACCAAAAUAAAUCCAUGAUUUUUCCUUGUUCAUUGGCAGAAUGAACUGUUGUGAGAUAUUGCACUGCCACGUGACCCUGCUAGGCUGAAAGCUGUACUGAUUCUGGUCAAGAGAUCAAAGAACUCCUCAAGCUUCUCAAGUGUCAUUUAAUUUAUUUUCUUGUAGUGGUCAGGUAUGUAGAGAGCCUUGUGUUUAGGCAGCACAGUGCCUGUACCUUACCAGGAUGUAUCCAAGCUGGAAAUGGAAAAGACAAGUUUCCACUGCUUUGUGCUUUGCUGUGAAUGACUGUCUAGAAUGUUUGAUUUGAUUAUGAGUCACUGUGUUCAGCUGAUAUUACUUUCUUAAACAGAUGAAAUGCACUUUAAAAUUGUAUAGAAGUUACUGAUAUUUUGUGCAGAUCCCACUGAAUUUGCAGCAUAUGUGGGAAUAUUUGGGGGACUGAUUCCCAUCACUCACUCAUUUAAUUUUUCUUAAAAUGCAAGUUAUUUUGUGUUCUGUUCAGAAGCAGUGAUUAACUUCACAAUAUUUAGGUUGCUGUUUCUGUUAGAAUCAUCAGGGAUACUGACAUUGCAAAUUUAGUGUAUUAUAUUCUAACCACUGUUUUUCUCUGUGCUUUGAUGCUGAUAUGAUCUCUGCUUUGAAGCCGUGCUGUACUUGAGUGCCAGCUGAACAUUGAUCUUCUCUUGUUCUGGUCAUGCUGAUAGAUGAGCCUACUGAUGAGGGCGUUAGUCCUAAAUAGUCCUUUAAUAUUUGGUGUACAGUUACCUGAUACAAACAUUGAUUAAAACAGCAGUUUAAACUUCUAUUUUUAUCAAGUUUGAUUUUUCAAUAGCUAUUUUGAUACUAUGUUUUAUCAUUUAAUUUGCACCAUCACUGGAAUGAUGGUGCCAUGUUGGGUGCAGCUCAGGCCUGUGUUCUAAGGGCUGUGCUUUUUAUGGGAGCUUUUUCACCUGGUUGUGUUGAGACAAAGUGGAGCAGUUAGCAGAGAAAGCCGUUCCUGGUGUCUGGAGAUGAAAAUCUUGAGAAUUAGACCUGUGUGUGGGAGACUAUGUAACAUAAGUCAAGGCUGCUAAAUCUUUAUUCUCAGCAUGCAGGAGUAACACCCAGGUACUUGCCAAUGUGAACUGAUGCAAUUGAGAGUUUUAGUUAAUCCCCAAAUCACCAAAAUGGAAUUUUUAGACUAAAAACCGUCUUAAGUUGUGAUUUUUUCAUGAACUUCAGAAGGAGCACUGAGAUAAAAAUUAAGGUGGAUGAACUAAGCUCACAUGCUCAUUGCUUUCCUGUUUCUUGCUCUUAGGCUGUUCUGCACUGUAGGGAGACUUUUCUUAUAUUUCUCUGCUUGGGAUGUUGGUUUUGUUAGGAAAGGCAGAUCAGAGGGAUGGCAUCACUGAGUAGCAGAUUUUCCUGUUCUUUAUCCCACUUCAGUACAAGUCCAAGGAGAAAAUGCAGAGUUUGUAUUGAACAGUGCUCUAGUGGUCCAGCUGCAGAGAUUCUGUAAGUUGCCCUAGUUCAGAGCCUGAUGCUUUUCAGCAGCAAGGUGAUACCCAGGCCCAUUCAGGUCUACAGGGCUCUUAUGGGAGAUUAACUCCAUCAAAACCUAAAAAAAGGUAAAGUUACAGUGAAAAGGUGCAAAUGUUCUUUUCACAAGUCAGCAUAGUUGUUUUUACUGCAAUCCUAAUAAAAAAGCAUAAUGUGUUACAUGGUAGUGCUAUGUUUUCCAUGCUAGUAAAUUCAAACAACUUGUUUCUGAGGAUGCAGUUAUUCAGGAGAUUUAUUACUGAAGAGCCAUGUUAUUUUUUCCCAAAAUUAUAUUGAUGUUAAAAUUCUGAGUUUAUAGUAGUCUCAUAAUUUUCACUUUCAAUUCCACUUUGUGUCACCCAACUUUUUACACUGUGGAAAUGUGAAAAUUUUCAUGAGGUUAGGCAAACAUUUUGCUUCUGUACUAUGAUGCAGAUGUGUCAGAAAGUAAUACUGAUAAUACAUCUCUCAAAUGGUUGUGUACCCUGUCCUGUGCUAGUUCAGGCUUUGAUACUGCCCUCUGUGCCUGGCAGUGCAUUUUGUGUGUGUCUGCACUUGUUCUCAGAGCAUUCAGGUUAAACUUUGUUGUAGGUGGGGAUGCACAUGUCACAUAACUGCAUUUUUCAAGUAUAAAAAGAGCACAAAACUGGGUACUGUUCUAAAAUGGUGACAAAUCAAGCAAACCAGUAAGAAUUUGCAAUUGAAAAUUUCAGUUUCACACACGUGUGUGAAUGAUUUUCUGUAAUCAGACAAAAGCAGAUACUCACCUGCAAUGCAUGCUGAAGUGUUCAAACUUGUAUAAAUGAUGGAAAGAGAGAAAUUAUGUGGAAUGUAUCUCUCCAUGUCCAAUAUAUAUCAUCAGUACAGAGAAAUACUUCCAUUUGGUUUCAACAAGCUUUUGAAUUGCAGUUUAAAACAAAGCUCCCGAAGGUCAAGUUCUCUCCUUUGCCCCCCAUCAGCUGCUGCAGGGAGCUGAGACAACACCCUUGUGCCUUUUUUAUCACAGAUCAGUGUGAGCCUCAGCAUGGAGCUCUCCUUUUCCCUGCCACCUGCAGCAAAUUUGCUUUUCACUUGUUUUAUCUUGUUACUGAAGAUCAGUUGGUAAAUUUUGGAGAAUGUGUGAGGAGCAUUGGUUCCACUUCCAGGCUGUGAUCAGCACCUUUGAGAACAAGGUAAUUAUGAGCAGAUGUAAUUAAUUCCUGCAGCUGUUUCUGGGAAGGUCACAGUGGGCUAUAGUCUACUUUGUAUCACAGAUCCUUCUGAGUGAAGUUCUGACAAGGCAGAGAAGCAACACUGAAGAUCUUAGCCCUGUUCAGGUCAGUUAAAUAUGAUACAAAAUUCUCAAAAGGGAUAUGCUCUUGUCCAAGUUCCCCUGUAAGGACAAGGAACUUGGAAAAUUGAGCACUCCUGUCUGGCUGUGUGUGACUUCUGUAUGACACCAGCAAGAAGCAUCUGCUUCAGCUUUCCAAAUAAUUUAUUUAAAGGUUUGUAAACCUUUUUUU